CGUCUCCUGGAUUCAGAUCAUUCCUUGGACUGUAUCUACUUGGAUCACGUAUUAAUCUUAAGCAGGGGUUUUUUCCCUUUAUUUUUUUUUCAAUGGACGUCAAUCAUUCUGCUGGACGGCCCUAGCGGUCGCUGAUUGGCUGAUUCCCCAUGACGUGCGAGAUACUUGAUGCCAAGAUUUAGAUUUUGUAGGCAAGGGAGAGCGCGACGGGGAUGGUGCAGGACUUGUGUUGAUCCCAGUAUCUGUGUCGAUGUACCCGCCUUGCUUUGGAAAGUCCUGCCUGAGAAUUGUACAUGUGUAAAUACUUUGAACACAAACUUUGUUGUCUUAAAAAAAGAAAAGAAUAUGAAAAUUACUGCGAUGACCAUUGUACAUCUUAAAGUGUUGUAUAUUAAUUUAUUAAAUCAACCCGAGAAUUUAUCUCUGCCUUUGUAAUGUAAUUGAAUAUGUAUUUCUGGACCACCGGUCAGUACUCGACCGAAGGGGGCAAUACGUCCUCGUCCUUCGUGAUGAGGGGAGACGGCAACACAACGCCAAACAUCUUUACCAGAACAACAGGAAUCUCUUCAUCUGUGAGCGUCCGCCCGCUGGUCUUGAGGGCGCUCUCAUCUGUGCGGGAGGUGGUGCUGGUCAACGUGCGCCCCACUAAGGUCAGCCUUCCGUCAGGUUUCAGAAGUGUACAAACAGACUUGCAGAAGAAGAUGGAAGAGGGGGAGCUCUGGUGAUAAUCGCACAUCGCGGUAAAGUUGUCUCUCCUGCGAGGCUCCAGAGUGAAUUUAUAGAUCCCCUUCCACUCUCCGUCCGUCACCUGACCAGGUUCCCCGCGCCACUCCAGAAAGCGUUGGUCGCCCUCCUCCCUGACCCGGUACACCCGCUGGCCCGUUGUCUGGGGCUCACCCCAGGCGUCCAAUGAGAGGGGCACGCUGAAACCUGCACUCCCAAAGCCGACGUCACACAGCCAACGCCGACCCUUCAGACUAACCAUGGAGAUCAGGUGGUCAAAGGGGGGUCCGUAACAGCCGGUGAUCGCGUUCUUCACCUGGCCUGAGAGGAUGGUGACCUCGAAGCCCAGUUUGGAGAGCAACCAAGAGAAGAGGCCGUUGUUCUCAUAGCAUAAGCCUCCCCGACGCUGGUUUACAAUCUUGUCGUAGACAGCGUGGAGGUCGGGACUCAGCCGCCCCCCGCAGUGCAGCGUGAGGUUCUCGAAGGGUACCGCCAGCAGAUGGACGCUGUGGAGCGACCGCAGCACCUCUAAGUUCCGAGGAGAAAGAUGGCGCCUACACACGUACUGAGAUGCUGUCAACGGGGAUUAUCAUGGAUACCUGUGAUUUUCAUCGCCCUGGUCGUCUGCUGGUCCUAUUACGCGUACGUCGUGGAGCUCUGCAUAUUCACUAUAGGAUAUAGCAGUAUAGGAGAGCAGAUUGUGUAUCUGAUCUUCUUCCACGUCUCCUUCGUCAUGUUCGUGUGGUCCUACUGGAAGACCAUCUUCACCAAGCCGGCCAAUCCUUCCAAAGAGUUCUGCCUGGCCAAGGUGGAGAAGGAGCGCUAUGAGAAGGAGGAGCGACCAGAGGCCCAGCAGGAGGUCCUGUGGAGGGCGGCCGCCGGCCUGCCGCUCUACACACGCACCGGGUCUGGAGCCAUCCGCUACUGUGACCGCUGCCAAGUCAUCAAGCCUGACCGCUGCCACCACUGCUCUGCCUGCGACAUGUGUGUGCUGAAGAUGGACCAUCAUUGUCCGUGGGUGAACAAUUGUGUGGGCUUCUCCAACUACAAGUACUUCAUCCUCUUCCUGGCGUACUCGCUCGUGUACUGUCUGUUCAUCGCCGCCACCGUGCUGCAGUAUUUCAUCAAGUUCUGGACCAACAACCUGCCAGAAACGCACGCUAAAUUCCACGUGCUGUUCCUGUUCUUCGUGGCGGCCAUGUUCUGCAUCAGUAUUCUGUCCCUCUUCAGCUACCACCUGUGGCUGGUGGGCCGGAACCGGUCCACAAUAGAGGCCUUCAGGGCCCCGGUCUUCAGGACCGGCUCCGAUAAGAACGGCUUCUCUCUGGGCUUCCGCAAGAACGUGGCCCAGGUCUUUGGGGACCAGAAGAAGUACUGGCCCCUGCCCCUCUUCACCAGCCAGGGCGACGGGUUGAUCUUCCCCACCCGCCUGGUGAGCCCCGACCCGGAGCAGGGCGGCCCCCAGCCCCCGGAGCCCAGCCAGAGGCCCAGCCAGAGUGUGGCGGGGGUCCCGGCCAGCCCCCUGAGCGAGGUCGAAGACCACCUGCUGAACAGCCCCCCGCACGGCAACCACACAGCAGCCCCCGACGCCCUGACAUCAGUGGGAACGGACAGCGUCACCAUAUCGCUGGAGAGCCAGUCCUAACCCGAAGCUCCUCGGCCAUUUUUGAAAACGAUGCCUUAAGUGACACAACACCAUAGCCCGUCACCAUGGAAACGGUCUCCCAGCGCAUCCUCCAUCCCACCAUUCCCACCGCGCCGGUCGUCAUGGCUGCAGCGCCUUGUGGGGUGCUCCCCCCAACACACACCCGCACGUUGUCCAGAUACACACACAUACGCUGUUGAUAUUAAUGAGAUAUAUAGAUGUAUAAAGAUAUUUGUCUCUAUCUAUAGAUUUAUAUAUCUCUUUAUAUUUUUUCCACGCUUUCCACUUGUGAAACUUCACGACAUACGACUAGGAGCGAUGUCUGGGGGGGGGGGGGGACCCCCUCUCGCCCUUCAGAUAAGCGCUGGCCCAGAGAAGACUAGCUGGAGCUGAACAGUCUUCUACAGGUUGUUGCUGUUUCAUUUUUUUCUGUUUAUUCUCCGCUCUUUUCUUUUAUUUUAUACUAAUGUUCUUCAUGGACUGAUGGUAGUAAUGGACGUUUACAAGGAGCAAUGGGUUUAGUUAUGUCGGUCUUUUUUUUUGUUUGCGGCUGUGUGUGGACCGCACCUUGCAGACCUGGACUAAACCAAACCGUUAUUGGAAGGGGGGGGGGGUCUCGUCUCGCAUGGGGUUUUGGACGGAGCAGCACAAGAUGGCACAGUUGCACUUUCUGGAUUUGAGUAUCGAUGUCUGUCAACAAGGUGCUUCAUUUUUGGAUUUUGUGAUUCAUGGCGUGAGUUGGGUGUGAAGCAGCAGCUGUUGUUUUUGUUUUUUAUAACUAACAGGAACUCAACCAAUCAGCUGUACGAUUUGCGGUGGGAGGCUCCGUUUACAUAUAUUUAAUCUACGUUUGCUGCUUUUUAAUAUCGGACCUUUCACCUGGGAGACGCUUUCUGAGAACAGCCGCCAACAUGUUUAGCUGAUGUUAUGCUGAAUGGGGACGGAUAUUUUCUUUACUAUUAUUUUUUUUUUAUGUUCCCGUCAGUCAUCACGUCUAUCCAGGCUCACUUUUAUGCAGCCCGAGGCUUCACCUUUUCUAGGCCCAAGGCGCUUGUUGCCAAAUAAGGGCUGAUCUACAGGGAGCUCCGACCACUGAAGUGUUUACAACAUUCAAGCUUUACCUGUCCUCCGGCCGUUGUCAUUCUUACCAAAUGUGUUUUGUCGUCGCAGUGCAACGCAAGUACUACGCCUCCUUGCCUCUCUUGUUAGGAGCCGGGAUGCGUCUGCAGCACCGAUGAUGGCCAGCAGGUGGCGAUAUUACUCCUGGUAUUCAGCCCUCGUUUCAAUGAAUGGUGUUUUGUAUCAUAUCAACAGCUGGCUCAGGGCUUCCUUCAUAUUCAGUCUCCUUAGGGACUCAUACUUUAAAUAUUAUUAGAACAAGGAGCGUUAUGAUCUUCAUAACCAUUUAUCAAGUAGGGGAUGAAGAGUGGGGUUGUCGAUGUUGGGCUGUAACAUGAAUAUUUUAGCUCUUGCCAUAGUUUACUGUUAUACAGAGUUGCCAAAUGCAGUUGUUUUGUAUUGUUUUGUGUUCAGUCUUUAUUUACGCCCCUGCUCAUGUGAAGCACCAGAAAAAUACAAGGGCUGCAUGGUUCAGUCGUCCCAAUUAUCACAUCAUUCCAAAGUGUAAACCUACGGCCACAAAGCCCCCACCGUCCGACCGCUCUGUGGCGUAUUACGUGUUCCAUUUUGUGGAGGCCCUCCCGCCCGUAACCAGGGAAACGGUCCACUUCCGCUUCACGGUGGAUUGGUUGUUUAAUCAUUUCAGACCCUAUCUGUGACUUUCGUCUGUCGGGCUUGUGAAGUGCUGGUUUUAAGUCUGUGUGUGUGUGUGUGUUUUGUAAGUGUCACUGUGGUUUGAAUGUAUUUCAGUCAUGGUAACUUCAACUAGUGCUGCGUCCUGAAGUGGUGUUGUACUCCUCACGGUAGGCUGGUGAUCGGAGGGUAUUUUGGCCGGCCUUUAAUUUGGUGUAUUUGUUUUUCCUCCGUUUCCCAAUGAUGUGUCAGCAUUAUCCAAUCAGAACUUGUUUCAAUGUGUGGAAUAGUCUGCAGUCACUCAGAGCUGUUCCUGAUGCAGGGAGCGGACAAUGUGUCCCCUUCCACCAGCGGAAAAAAAACAUUUAACUCUGCCCAGAGAUGUGUGUGUGUGUGUGUGUGUGUGUGUGUGUGUGUGUGUGUGU